AUGGACGCAUGCUUUCACUGUCUUGGAUUGAGGAGUGGCAAAAAAUCAUCGGAAAAGCAUCUUGAAAGAGGGAAAUCACCUGCGACAGACAUCGUAAAGAGCAACAUCACUCCUAUUCAUCGUCCCGACGAGCCCAGCUUCAAAUGGAAGUUUGUCGACGCCAAUGCGUUUAUACAUCAAGGGGCUUUGAAGUUUGUUCAGGUAGAAAAUCUGCAAAGCCUUGACUUCGUAGCGAUAUCUUAUACCUGGUCGAAAAACAUGCUUUUGUGGAGAAAGUGGAUCCUUUCUCUGGGCCCAAGCCAAAAAGCGAGUCAACCUCCCUCUGAUAAUGAUGCGUCGGAAGAUAUGAAGGCCUUUCACCAGUUCUUCACGGUAGUUUGCUUUCUUGUCCUCGCACGAUCUAAAUCGCUCUUCUGGAUCGACGUUCUCAGCAUAGACCAAGACUCUUCUGCAGAAAAGGCCUUCUUUGUUCCGAAGAUGGGUUCAUUAUACGCAGCGGCCUCUGAAACACAUGCAUAUGCUACCGGUUCCAACUUUGUCGCCAUGUCCUCGAAGGAACUUUAUUUUCCAGUCUGGGAAACACGAGCUUGGACGCUACAAGAGUAUGUCCUGUCCAACACCGUCAUUUAUUGCUACUGCUUUGCUGGAGAUGUCAUGCGGGACAUCAAACUGCUCAAGAAGCAAAACUCAGCGCGCCUACCAUCCCCGAUAACAGAGCUUCGCACUCCAACUCUCGUUCGAUACAGGUCCUCUAUCCACGAUAAUACAUUCGUUUUGGAGACGAGAGACGGUAAGAUGACGUGUUGCUUUGACGAAGACACAUGGAUGGGACCAGAACUCACGGUAUCAUCGUAUCUGACCAACGAGAUGUUUGGUCCCGACAUGAACCUUGUGAUUGGGCGCAGCACGUUGAGUAAGAUUAUCUACAGCAUGAAGCAAAAUCCUUCCCGGACAAAGCUCAUAUCGACAGCUCUGACGAUCCUUGGAGGGCGUAAAUCAAUGUACCCUGAGGAUAUGAUGUAUUCUGUCCUUGGAAUCUUGGAGAUGGCAGACUUUAAAGUACGGUAUAAUAUUGGAUUCGAUGAAGCUAAAAUGGCGGUGUUCGAGGGGAUGAAGCCGGACAUCCUGGCUAUUGUUCUGGGUACGGACUGGGGGUGCUUGCUCGAUGCAAAGAACAAUGAUUCGGCUCUCCCAAGAGUCAUUGGAUCUCAGCCAGUUCUUGGAAUCGAGCGCAUGGAGGUUACAAAUUCUGCCAGAUAUACAAGGGAGAUUGGGACAACCAUAACCUCGCGGAAAGAGAGAUUUAGACUAUGGAAGGAUCCUUCGAGGAGCCAGUCCAGAAGUACCGGCACUGUACGCGCCAUGUUGGGAAGCCAGGAAUCACGGUUAAUGGUCAUGUUUUGUGCUAGCUUGUUCGAUGAUCCUGCCUAUGCCAAUAUCCCCCUCUCUGAUAUCCCUGAUGAGAACAUUCGCCCAGUCGUAGUAUCUGGCGAGUCGAGGCUCAGUGAUGAUGAUUAUUUCAACAAAGAAGUGGUGUAUGAUAAAGAAGUUGAAUUGGUGGAGCUAGGGGUGUGUACACACCACGCGUUAUUCCCAGAUCCAGGAGAUGAGAAAUAUAUGAGGAAUACCGCUUUAUUAGCUUUGGAAUGCGAGAAAUUAUCCGACCGAUUGACUGAACCUAUUGUUACUCCCACUUGA